AUGGAGACCCAGGGCGCGCGUCCCCGGCAGGUGGCGCGGCGUAUGGAGAAGAUGCUGUUGGUGAACCACAGGGAGGAACAGAGUCUGAGGCGGCGUCUGGCCGACAUCACCAGCUACAGCUACGAGAGGGGGAGGGAGCUGGAUAGAGAGACCAGGAAGAUCCCGGACCUACUACGGCGUGAGUGUCCUCGCUCCGCCCAGACAGUAGACCCCGUGACCGGCUAUCUGCUGCGAGAAUACCGCCGGAACUCCCUCGUCAUACCCGCCAUCUUGUCUGCCCUACAGAAGGACCCAGACGACUCCGCCAACGACGAAACUCAAACUCGUGACGUCAAUAGCCCGGAAAAGAAGCCAAAACGUGAUGGAAAACGUCCCGGAAGGAAUAAAUAUACCCGAAGUCCUCAUCAUCGCAUGUCAGGAGAAGAUGAAGCGGAAGUUGAUUUUGAAGAAUACGAAGCCGGGAAAGUUACGGGACUUGUUCGUGACAUCACCAAACUUCGCACGGAGAUGUCGAUGAAUAAGAAAGUGGACGCCGUUAGGACUCGGGCGUCGUUCAGAGAGUUGCUGCGUGAUGUGCAGGAGAGAGAGCGGGCUUCCGGUGAGUCGGACACGUACACAGACGGCACAUGCUCACUGCUUCGGCGGAAGAUGCACAAGAUGAGGCGCUACGACGACCAUGACCUUGCUCUGGAAAUAGGUUCUCAAGGCUCUCUGCAGCUCAAAGUUCACGCGCCCCCUCAGGGUGUGAAAUCGAAACUGCACAGUACGAGUCCCGCCCACUCGUCCCAGAAACUUCCAGCACUCCCGGUGAACAGAAGUCACACAGCAUCAGGCGGUCACAGUAGACAACAGAGUGACCCGGAAGAGGAGAUGAGGCGACUCCUUGAAGCCCAGGAACGCCACCAGACGGAGCUGCGCGUUGCCAAAGAAACAGAGAAAUACCGGUACAUCCAAAAGAAGAUAGGAGAUUUUCUCGAAAAGAACAAACGAAAAGUAGCGUUACCGUUGCUAUUGGACACGGGCGACUCAUGACCCUCUGACAAUGAACAAAAUCUACGCAAGAAUGUGAACCAGGAAUAGACAAACUCUUCACAAGCAGAUGCACUUUUGUUUUCUACUGUGGAAUGUGGCAUUUAACUCUUUGAUCUUUCUUGCCUGGCAUUUCAUUAUUCAUCCACUAAUAAACUGACUCUUAGAAAACGUGCACAGAUAUUCUGCGUUUAUACGAAACCUCUUUUGUGGCAGCACUCGAGUGCCUUCUUUGGAACAACCAUAACUCUGACGACCUUUAAUCAAGUAAAAAUGAGUGACUGACCUCUCAAAAUGAACGGGAAACGCUUUCAGGUGACAUAAUCUUAAUCCCUGAGCUGACAGACAAAUAGAAGCUUUAGCUUGACUCGGAACGUAUAAUAAUUACUAUCAUGUCUUCUUGGUACAUGUAUCCGCCACAACCUCUGACGACUUCAAUGAGGUAAAAUGAGUGACUGACCUCUCAAAAUGUUUGUUAUAUUUUCUGAAAAUUGUACACCUGCAUCUUAUCUGAACAAGAAAUGCUUUCAGAUAACAGAACUUGUCCUAUAUACUAGAGAGAAAAACAAACAUCUCAAGCCUAAAUAAGAUGGAAUGCAUUUGCCUUCUUGGACAUAGCCUUCACUUUGACAAUGACAAUUCUUUUCGUAAAAAUGAAUAAGUGUCCGUUUAGGAUGUCCAAUUUGUCUGAAAAUUGUAUACCUGCAUCUUUUCUGAUCAUUUAAACGCUUUCAGGUGAUAAAAUUUAAUUUUGAUUCUUGGGCUAAACAAGAAAGGACAUCUCAAACAUGACUAACAAUGCGAGUAUUGCAUGUGCCUUCUUGGAAACCGCCAUAAAUUUGACAAGACUCUAAUUAGAAAUGAGUGAGUGACCGCUCAAAACUGUCGUGUCGUCUAAAAACGGUAUAUUUGCAUCUUUUCUGAUCAUGUAACGAUUUCAAAUUACAAAAUGUUGAUCCCUGAGCUAACCGAGAAAUAGCAGUUGAAGCUUGACUAAGAUCCAUGUAUGUGCGUUCUUGAAAACGGCUAAGGCCUUGACAUUCCUGAGGUGCGCUGGCGAUCUCUCAAAAGUAUGUUCGUGUGGUUAAAAAAAAAAGUCUACCGUAGGCUUGCACCUUUUCUGAACGUAAAACGUUUUCAGAUUACUGAAUUUUGACCCUUGCUCCAGAAAUGGAAGCUGAUGCUUGACUAAAACUAAAAGGUAGAAAAAAAACCUGUAACUUCCUUUUUUGAGACAUUGUGUCUUUUACGAUGGAUAAGUCGGUGGACGUGGUUACGACUGUCCUUUUGUCCUAUUUCUUUGAUACUAUAUAUAGUUUUUCAGUUCAAAUAUACACAUAACAAAUUCAAAUGCCGUAUAGAAAGACCAAAUUGCACCUAACAAAUCCAAAUAUACAAAUGACGUCAUUAAAAGCCCUAAUACAACAAUAACAAGUUCAAAUG